AUCUCCCAACAUUGAACCAAACACUCCUGUUUACGUCAAAAUAAAUAAGUAUGUAAUUUUAUUACAAGACCUUGUUUUAUCUGCUAGCCGAUAAGUGAAUGGUAUAAAAAUGUUCAAAGUGAAAUGAAUACUUUCAGUUGAUGGUAAAUUGUCAUCAAGUCAUUAUCAAUUUUUUUAAUAUUUUAAAAGUGAAUUGGAGCAAAGUCUAGAUAAUCAAGUGACAAUGAAAAUAUCAAAAUUAUUUUUAUUUAUAUUUAUAAUGAGUCUUGAAUGUCAAAUAAAUUUUGGAUAUCGGAUAUUGGGACUUUUUCCAAUGAAUAUUAAAAGUUGUUUUAUGAUGUAUAAAAAUGUCAUGAAACACCUUGCAAAACGAGGCCAUCAAGUUGAUGUUAUUAGUCAAUUUCCACUUGAUAAACCAAUGUCAAAUUAUACUGAUAUAUAUAUGAAAGCACCAUUUGAUGAUUUAGUCAACAAUUUUACUCUUGAAGGUGGUGAUGAUUACAAUGGAUUCAAUCAGUUUAAAAGUUAUGGAACAGAAACAGGUGCCGAUGCAUGCGAUACAAUUUUAAAGCAAGAUCAAAUGCAAAGACUCUUAAAAAAUCCACCAAAUGAUCCACCAUAUGAUUUGAUUAUUGUUGAGAUAUUUACAGCAACUUGUACUAUUGCAUUUGGAAAACAUUUGAAUGUUCCUGUUAUUGGUAUUACGACAAGUGUUUGGCCUUGGUCUCAUUCAAUGGUUGGAAAUCCCGAAAAUUUAGCAAUAUCACCAAAUACAUUUUUGAAUUACCAUAAUAGAAUGAAUUUUCAGCAAAGAUUCUAUAAUUUUUUAUAUACAUUGAAUACACACUUGAUACUUGAUUAUUUUCGAUCACCGAUUGAUCAAGUUACUAAAAAAUAUUUUGGUUCCAAUGCACCUGGAAUAAAAGAACUCGAACAAAGUCUUGCUCUUCUUUUAGUUAAUUCUCAUCCAUCAUUGAAUGAUCCACUACCAAGAGUUCCAGCUUGGAUUGAAGUUGGUGGACUUCAUGUUCAAGAUGAUGGUCCUGAAAUAUCAGCUGAUCAUCAAAAAUGGAUGGAUGAAAGUACUGAUGGAUUUAUAUAUUUUACAUUUGGUUCAAUGAUGAUGAUUGAAUCACUUCCUCCUCAUGUAAUUGAAAUAUUUUACAAGUCUUUUGCUAAAAUAGCACCAGUAAGAAUUUUUAUGAAAAUACCACGAGUUGAAAUGUUACCUCCAGGACUUCCAAAAAAUGUUCGUACAUUUACUUGGAUAUCUCAAAUUAAAGUACUGAAACACAAAAAUAUAAAAGCUUUUAUAACUCAUGGAGGAUUAAUGGGCACUCAAGAGGCAAUUGCUUAUGGAAUUCCAAUGAUUGGUAUUGCAUUAUUUAUGGAUCAAUAUCAUAACAUUGAUCGUUAUGUUCAAAAAAAAAUAGCCAUACGUUUGGAUUACGAAAAUAUUAAUGAGAAAAAUUUGGAUUUUGCUUUGAAAGAAAUGCUCUACAAUCCUACGUACAAGAAUGAGGCGAAAGAGCUGUCUAUCAAAUUUCUCGAUCGACCUACAAGUGCCCUAGAUACUGCUUGUUACUGGGUUGAGUACAUAGGCAGACAUGGAAGCAAAGCUCUCAGGUCACCAACAUUAGACUACACGUGGUGGCAACUACAACUUUUAGAUAUUUAUGCUGUUCUUCUUUUAGCCAUUACAAUGUCUAUCAUUAUUUUUAUAAUGACAAUCAGAUAUUUUAUCACCAAAGUUUGUUAUAAAAAAAAUAAAAAAUCCCAAAGCCACAAGGGUAAAAAAUUUAAUUAAUAUUUUAUUUUUAUAAAUAAAAAAAUUUGGUGAUAUAAAAAUUAAUUACAUCAGUAUGCGGUAACAGUUACUUAAAUAUUUUUCAACAAAAAAAAUCAUAUUAUUUGUUAAUUAAAAUAAUUGAGCUUUCAAUUGUAAAAAAAUAAUAAAUAAAUAAAUUUUGUUAUAAAUUGUAAUAUUGUAAUAUUAAAUUGUAAUAUUGUAAUAUUGUAAUAUUGUAAUAUUGUAAAAUUGUAAUAUUGUAAUAUUGUAAUAUUGUAAUAUUGUAAUAUUGUAAUAUUGGGUUUUUUUUUUUUUUUAUGAAAUCAUUUUCCUUUCUGUGACACAGUUUAAAUAAAUUAAUAAUAAAAUUUCAUAACA